UUACUUGAUAAAUCUGGAUCUUAAAAGUUAGAAUAUAGAAGUGACACUUCAUACUUAAAUAUCAAAUCGAUACCCAAUAAAUAUUUACGCCUUGCAGUGUAUCUAUGUUUAAGGGUCAAAUUUUAUUAUUUCAUUAAGUUUCGAAUUAUCAGCAAUGAUGAAGACUGCGGUAACAGUCUUGCAAGAGUUAAUGUUAAAAUUAGGUUUAGUGCCAGAAUAUGAAUGUGUGUCUCAGUCAGGCCCCCAACAUCAAGCAAUGUUUGAAUAUCGUUGUACCGUAUAUGGUUGUGAUGCUUCUGGUCUUGCUCGUUCUAAAAAAGAAGCUAAGCAGGAAGCAGCACGAUAUAUGUUGCAAAAGCUAUUUGCGCGUGGUCUGAAUGUGCCUGCCCCUUAUGCCACAAUGCCAUGUGAACAAGAGCGGCCAUCUUCACCUCCAUCUCCCAACAACAAUCCUGCUCUUGAGCCAGGCCCUUCAGCAGCUACGGGAAGGAGCACACUGCCACUAGACACUCGAAGCUAUGUUGCACUAUUGAAGGAGCUAAGCGAACAGUAUCAUCUUGGAGAGCCACAGUAUGAGCUCGUUAGCGACACAGGUCCUGCCCACCAUCGUCACUUCAGCAUUCGCGUCAGUUUGGGCUUACACUCGCGACAGUGUACAUCCACAACAAAAAAAGCAGCCCGUCAACUUGCAGCAGAACAAUUAUACACCUAUCUUCGUGAUAACCUUUCUAGACUCACUGGCGACUUUGUUGAGGAGGAAGCCUUGGCGCGUGCUCUCGAGAAAUCCUUAAAGAAAAAGGAAGCAGCCGCUGGAAGUGAGACUCCUAACAAAGGUUGUAACAUGGACACUGCCAUGAAUCGUUUUGCUGAACUACAUGAAAUGGCUGGUCACUGUCUGGACCUGGGACAACGGAUCUCAGAGUAUCACAAUGGUCUGAUGAUGCAAAUUGAUGAAUCCAAACGGCUGAGUGGUCAGGAGGCAUUGAACGCAAAAGGCUCAGCUGUAGACACAGAGCAAGUAUUAGAAAGUGUAUGCAGUGCGUUGGGCCUGCGAGUUGAAGGCGGUGUGUCAUGCGGCGAAACUUUAAGCGUGUUACGACUGGUUCCAACCGCGCCACCCCUAGCAUUCGCUGGAGAGGACAAUAAAGAAGCUGCGGCCGCAGCCCUGCGCUAUCUGCGACGGAACUUAGUCACUCGGUCUGUCUAAUAUAAACGCUUUAACAAAAUAUGCUAAUAAUUAAUUUUAAUAAUUUAAUAAGGAUUUUAAUUUUGAUCUAUAUUAAACAACUUUGAACCGAUUUAGGAAACAAUUUUACUCUGUAAUGAUUUCUCAAUAAUACUUUCUUAUAUAUCUAAGGAUAUAAUAAUAAUUGUCGUAGAGAAAUAAAAAGGCUUAUGAAAUGAAAUUUAUUAAUUUAUUAUGUUAACGUAAUAAGCACUACUGUAUCUGUAAUGGUAAUAAACUCUUAUGAAUAA